UGAUGUGGCUCCACAUGAGCUUUCCUCUAAACCUCCGUUACCUCAAUUUCACAACGACAUUUCCAAAGCUCCAAUUUUAUUUCCUCCAUAAAAUGCUUCUUCUUCUCAUCAUCAUCUGAGAUUCUACAAUACAAUAGAGCAAUGAAGCUGAAACAUCCUCCAAGCUCCUCUUCUACGACCCUAACAACAGCAACGGUGUCUUCAUCUCAUGAUGCUACGUUGCUUGUCCGUGAAACCCUCCGUAUUAGUGCCGACCUUGCCUCCUCCUCUUCUCCUCCUCCUCCUCUCUCAUCAGAGGCUAGCUUCGGAGGUCAAUUUGUGGAUUCGAGCUUGAGAUUGCUCUGCUCUGAGGAGGUCGAUGGUCGCCGAUGGAACUACUUCGCUGAUGACUCUUUCAAAUGUGGUGGUCCUGACCACUUCAAGAAGAACUCUAUUCGUGCUGUUAGUUUGCACUCUCCACAAGCUCCUGCCCAGGAGUUCAUGGCGUUCAUAAGAUCCUACGUGGUUCCAGAAGGUUUUCCUGACAGCGUUACACCUUCUUAUGUACCAUACAUGACAUGGAGGGCACUGAAGCACUUCUUUGGUGGUGCAAUGGGUGUUUUCACUACGCAAACACUCUUAAAUUCAGUAGGAGUCUCCAAACAUAGAGCUACCCCUGGUGCUGUAGCCAUUAACUGGAUUCUCAAGGAUGGCGCUGGCCGCGUGGGGAAGAUGCUUUAUGCACGGCAGGGAAAGAAAUUUGACUAUGAUCUAAAACAGCUAAGGUUCACGGGUGAUCUUCUGAUGGAGUUGGGAGCUGGUGUUGAACUGGUAACUGCUGUUGUGCCGCAGUUUUUUCUUCCUUUAGCCUGUGCUGCGAAUGUUGCCAAGAAUGUAGGUGCUGUCACUUCUACUUCAACUCGUACUCCUAUAUAUAAGGCCUUCGCUAAAGGGGAAAACAUUGGGGAUGUAACUGCUAAGGGGGAAUGCGUUGGCAAUGUUGCUGAUUUACUCGGGACAGGAUUAAGUAUCUUGAUUUCCAAAAGGAAUCCAUCCUUGGUCAAGACAUUUGCGCUCCUCUCAUUUGGAUAUGUUUUCAGCUCUUACCAAGAGGUGAAAUCUGUUGUGCUGCAUACCCUGAACCGUGCAAGAUUCACAGUAGCCGUAGAAUCUUUCCUAAGGACAGGGAGAGUUCCAACACUGCAGGAUGGAAAUUCAAGGGAAAACAUAUUCAAUUUUCCAUGGAAAAAGCACAGGCCUAUUGUUCUUGGACCCAGAUUUAGAGAAGCUUUCCAAGAUCCAAACUCAUAUCUAGCUGUCAAGCCCAUCUUUGAGAAGGAGCGAUAUAUAGUGACGUACAAUCCUUUCAAAGGCAAUAUAUAUGUAUUGCUCAAGGAUCAAGCUAAGUCUGAUGAUGUACUGAAAGCAGCAUUUCAUGGUCAUGUGCUUCUGCACAUCAUUCGUUCAUCCACCAACAAACAGUCUUCCUCCAGAAAACAGCGGGAAGAUGAACUUUCAGCAUCCUUGCUAUCAACUGCUGAUCUUCAAGCUCAUGUUAUAGAAUCUUACAAAAUGGUCUCUGCUUUAUAUAUGCCUUUCAAGAGCAAAGCUAAAGAACAGGGCUGGGUGAUGUCGGAAUCACUACUUAAUCCUGGCCGAGCUCGACUUUGUGAAAUGGUCAAAUAAGAUACAUAAUGCAGAGGAGCUAAAAAAAUUUCUUGUCGCACAAUUAUUUUGCAUGGCCACUGUUGGCACUGCAAGGCAUUCGUCCAUCUAGUGGAAUUUUAUACAUGGCGGCAAAUGAGGUCGUAGAUUUGAAGUAAUUACAGAUGUUUAUCCUGAUGCUAUGUGUAGACGCAAUUUGCUACAUGUGCUUUCCGUUUUAUAGCACGACAGUUUACCUGUACAUCAACAGCUAGCGAUUGACGUAAGCAAGAAAGUGCACUUUGUGAAAGGGAUUUCAGUAUACUUGUUUAUUCCACCAAAAUCUAUUCUUUGAUGUUAACCUCUUGCAUGUAAGUUUUCAGUUCAAUACUCUCUUCUGUAAUACAUACAAGGUUGUUUUUUUUUUUUUUUUUUUUGGUGUUGGGGUGUGCGUUUGCGGGGGUGGGGUUUGUCCCUAGUUACGUGUUUUUCAUACUUUGUUUAGACUGGUGUAAUGUAAUAUCUCCAGCUGGUGUUCCUUUUUCCUUCUGUGUCUUUUUGCUCUUUCACUCAUGGUAGAAUAAGCAAACAUGAGCUAGUUACUUU